GUCGUUGCGACCCUUCCUCCUCCUGCGGUGAUAGAUUUUGGUUAACCCCGGGUUAAUUUGGGAUACGUGUCCAACUCCACGGUUCCCGAGCUGUGCUACACUACCACAGUACCCUUCCACCCAGCCUUCAGAUGUUUGCCCGUGUCGUGUGAACCAGGCAUGGAACUAUGUUGUCCACGUGUACUGCUAUAGUAGUUCUUGCCGCCUCCUUUGUGGCGUUAGCGGCCGGGGACUACUUCUCCGCUACCGUCCACAUGGAGAGUCUGGUACGGGUGGAGGAAGACAUGGCUGCGGCCGUCAGAAAUUACGUCAGACUGGGAGGGCUGGUGCCGCAAGAACUGCACAGGUUAGCAGAGGGCGCUGCAUGGCUGUCAGACCCGACCCAGGUGAACCAGAACAGUCUCGUCCACAACCCGAUCGGCGCCUACCUUCUCAUCAAACGUCUGAACCAGGAGUGGGCCAACGCCAUCAAAACUCUACCUCGGCCGCAAGAAGUAUUUGGUGACAUGUAUAACGAGUUGCGGCUCCCCAGUCUUGCCGAUCUGGAGGGAUGUGCGCUUGCGCUGAUGAGGCUUCAGGACGUCUACAACCUGGACAUGCGCAGAAUCAUCGACGGAGAAAUCGUCAUGCAGUGCCGCGCGAACGACACGGAGGCGUGCCGUGACGUCAACGUGUCCGAGAUGAAAAACAGGACGUUACCGCUCAAGCUCAGUAUUCUGGACGUCUUCUAUUUCGGGAUCGUUGCCCAGUCGCAUAACGACUACUAUCACGCCGCUCUGUGGUUGAACCAAACCUUGGCGAUCAUGAACGCAAACGAGUGCGACUUGUGCCCGGACAAGAGAGAUGUUCUAGAGAGACUAGCAGAUACGUAUUCAAAGCUUAGAAACCAUCGCGGGGCCCUUGAACUGUUCUCAGAAUCCUAUAGAAUAGAUCCCACCAACCCCUACUCUAAGUCGCGGAUUGCUGACGAGGAGUACUACGCUAACCUACAAGGCAGCUACGUGUGGCAGUUACAGCGACCUGACGACUGGGAGGGCAUCGAGAAGUACGAGGAACUCUGCCGGGCCGGGGUGCGACAGAAUCGAGCCCCCCGUGCGUCUGUCAGCUGUCGGUACUUCCGCCCCAGCCCGUACUUCUACCUCGGCCCGAUCAAGAUGGAGGUCCUGCACGAGACCAAUCCCGUCAUCCACCUGUUCCAUGACAUCAUCUCCGAAAGCGAGGCUGCCCGGAUGCGGGAAAUGGCCAUUCCAAAGUUCCAAAGAUCGGUGGUGGUUGCAGACGAUGGGGGAGAUGCAGUCAUAUUAAACAGAGUCAGCGAAACUGCCUGGCAUUUUGACUAUGACGACCCUGUAGUUGCGAGGCUGAGCCGCAGGGUGGACUACGCCACCGGCCUCAGUACGGAAGAGGGGACUGCUGAAGCUUUCCAGGUUGUAAAUUACGGGCUCGGAGGUCAAUACGUCCCCCAUACGGAUUACUUUGAGGGUGCUCAUAUUACACACCACAUACACAACGGUAACAGAGUCGUCACCUUCCUGUUAUAUUUAAGUGAUGUGGAUGCCGGCGGGUCCACAGUUUUCCCCAAUGUUGACAUCGCCGUGCCAGUUAUCAGGAACAGUGCAGCAGUGUUCUGGAGUAUGGAGAGAUCAGGAGCUGUGGUCCCCAACUCUCUACACGCCGGCUGUCCAGUACUCAUAGGAUCCAAAUGGAUCGCCAACAAGUGGAUACGCGAGCAUGGGAACGAGUUCCGGCGGCCAUGUGGUCUCACACCAGACGCGUAGGUUUGUAGUCAACCCGGCACUGACAGCACAGGGUACCGCACAGGUUAUAAGAGCACACUGGAAUAAACCACCUGACUAACUAGUUGCACAAGUUUUGUACGUAGUUUGAGCGUCGGUGUUUAGAUACAAGUGCAAGUCAGCCAGGGUGAAAGAUGAAACUCCCUUAAACGAUUAUGAAGGUCACAGGCUGCAAUGCACUUAUGUUGCUGACAAACAGAUAUAAAGAUUUAGGAGAAUAGUUUGAAAGAAAUGUUACUUAAUUUCAUUUGAAGUGGAAACGGUUAUUCAAGUUGUUGCGAGAUGGAAAGAUGAAAAAUAAGACUAGAAGAGUAACUUUUGUUUCUGAGAAUUUAAUGAUGAAGUAUUGAUGAUAACAAAUCAGGGGGAUGAGUAUAUUUACAAAUUGCACCUGAUAUUAAAAGAACUGUAUGUCGCACAAGAAAGAGGCAUCCCCGUAGGAAAAUGGAUGUUAUAGAC